GGGGCUCCCGAUCACCAGGACCACGGGUGUGUUCAUCAGGAUACUACAAUAAUCCACGCCGAAACAACUCAAGAGUGUUGUUGGAGACUGGAGACCGAAUUCGGUGGGAAUCCGUCGUCUCCGAAGCCGAUGCCGCGAUUGUUUAUCUAGCGAGCAGCGAACGUUCGAAGAUCGGAAAAUGAAAAAAAACUUUAGCCUCGUGGAGCCUCCGAGACAGACGACGCAGCCGACUUUCAGUCGAACGGAGGAUCCGCAAACGCUUCAGUUCAUCCACGUCGCUCGGAGCGCGAAGUUCACGCCUCCGUCCCUAGCCCGUUCUAGUCCGCGUGAACACAACACACUGUGAAAACCGAGAUGCCUUCCGAGCGAGCUCCAGGAGACGUCGUCGGGCUUUCAAGCGACAGCGAUACGGGAAAGGAGUCCGAUGAUCUUCUCAAGAUCGUUUCGUGGAAUAUCAACGGUCGGGAACAGAACAACCGAAACUACCGGACCGAGGAAAUCUGUUCCUUAGUCAAGCACUCGGUCGCUGCAGACAUUGUAAUGCUGCAAGAAGUUGUUCCACCAUCUUUGCGUCUCAUUGAGAAAAGGUGCUCCAAGGACUACCACCUCGUACAUUCACAUUCGGGCGAGGCCGAAGAUUUCACCGCGAUGUUAUUCCGCCGAGAACGAGUGAGCUUGAUGAAGCACGAAGUAUUCGAAUUCCCCAAGAGCGUCAUGGGCCGGAAGUUGCAGGCCGCGGAGGUGUCUUUCAAAAACGCGCAUAAAUUGUUCAUCUUCAACACGCAUCUCGAGAGUACAAGAAAAUUCUCGGAGACGCGGAGGGAACAACUGCAGGAAUGCUUCAGGAAGCUCAACAAGAUUCCUGACGAAUAUUCGGCGGUGCUAGCAGGCGAUCUCAAUCUUCGCGACAGGGAGCUCGACGGAAUAGGCGGGAUUCCCGCUGGUAUAUGUGAUGUCUGGGUGCACGAUGGUGCCAGACCGGAAUCGGAAUACACCUGGGACAUGGUCACCAACGACAAUGUACAGUGGAAUUCUCCAUCAAAACCUCGGUGUCGUUACGACCGCAUUUACUUCAAAGAAUCCCUGGCUCAACGCCGGGCAUUGAAGCCUGUAUAUUUCAGUUUCCUCGGUCUACAGCGGAUCACACCCCCACAAUGUUUCCCCAGCGAUCAUUGGGGACUACGCGCGCAUUUUAAGCUUCAAUGACGAUUCACGAUUCUGUGUUUCUGAAAGAAAGCCUCACCAUUCCACUACGCCGCGCAUACUACUGCAUUUAUACUACU